GAGAGAGCGAUAGGGGAGAGAAGAGAAGAGCUGUGGAUGGGUCUUGUCUCCACAGUUGCCCCGUUCUGUGUAGACUGAACUCCUCUCUGACCAUGCUGGUCUCAGUCACUUUAGGACAGCGGCUGGCUCUGCUGGCCCUGGCGCUGCUUGGCAUUGUGGGAUUGCUGCCGCGGGGCUGUUUGAGUCGUCCGGCUGAAGAUGAGGAUUAUUACAUGCAGGAGCUGCUGAGCCGGGAGCAUUACUACCGCAUCCCCGUCCAGGAGGAAAACCCAGCAGAAGGAGAUCAAGUCUGGAGAGAUGACCUCCAGCCUCCAGCCCCCCGAAACAAAUCUAAAACCAAACCCACCUCGGGGAAACAAGCUGGAGCCGAGGCAAAGUCAGUGAAAUCUCCAAAUAAGAAGUCUGAGAAGACCCCCAACAGCAUCAGCGAGGCAGAGGGCCAGUACCAGUCGGAGAGAGUGGACUGCCCACCGCUGGGUCUAGAGACGCUGAAAAUCGAUGACUUCCAGCUUCACGCCUCCACGAUGCAGCGCUACGGACUGGGAGCCCACAGAGGUCGACUCAAUAUCCAGGCUGGCCUGUACGAGGAUGACCUGUAUGACGGUGGCUGGUGCGCGGGCAGGAAUGACCCGCUGCAGUGGUUUGAGGUGGACGCUAGGAGACUGACCAAAUUCACCGGGGUCAUCACCCAAGGCAGGAGCUCCCUGUGGUCGAGUGACUGGGUGACAUCUUACCGAGUGCUGGUCAGCAAUGACUCUCACACCUGGGUGACACUAAAGAACGGCUCCAGAGACCUGCUUUUCAUUGGGAAUAAGGAGAAGGAGAUCCCGGUGCUAAACACCUUCCCCAAAUCUGUGGUGGCUCGUUACAUCCGAAUCAACCCUCGCUCGUGGUACAGCGGCGGCAGCAUCUGCAUGAGGGUGGAGAUACUGGGGUGUCCCAUGCCAGAUCCUAACAAUUACUACCACAGACGGAACGAAAUCACCACCACAGACAACCUGGACUUCAAACACCACAGCUACAAGGAAAUGAGGCAGUUGAUGAAGGUGGUUAAUGAAAUGUGUCCGAAUAUAACUCGAAUCUACAACAUCGGCAAGAGCUACAACGGGCAGAAGCUCUACGCCAUCGAGAUCUCUGAUAAUCCAGGGGAGCAUGAGCUGGGUGAGCCGGAGUUCCGCUAUACGGCAGGUUCCCAUGGUAACGAGGUGCUGGGCCGGGAGCUGCUGCUGUUGCUGAUGCAGUUCCUGUGUCAGGAGUACCUGUCCGGUAACCCGCGGAUUCGGCACCUGGUGGAGGAAACUCGUAUCCACCUGCUGCCCUCGGUGAACCCCGACGGACACGACAAGGCGGCAGAGGCUGGUUCUGAAUUGAGCGGCUGGUCUCUGGGUCGAUGGAGCCAGGAUGGGCUGGACAUCCACCAUAACUUCCCUGAUCUCAACGCCAUCCUCUGGGAAGCAGAGUCCCGAAAGUGGGUUCCACGCAAAUUCCACAACCACCAUAUACCUAUUCCAGAGUGGUACCUGUCCAAGAACGCCACGGUUGCCAUGGAGACGCGUGCCCUGCUGGGGUGGAUGGAGAAGAUUCCCUUUGUCUUGGGGGGUAAUCUGCAAGGCGGAGAGCUGGUGGUGACCUUUUCGUAUGACCGUACAAGACCCCACGGAGUCAUGAGAGAGGCUACGCCCACGCCGGAUGAUCCCGUGUUCCGCUGGCUGGCGUUUUCAUACGCGUCCACCCACAGGCUGAUGACGGACGCCGGCCGCAGAGUAUGUCACACACAAGACUUUGCCAAGGAGGAUGGUACCAUCAACGGAGCUUCCUGGCACACUGCCGCAGGAAGUAUGAAUGAUUUCAGCUACCUCCACACCAACUGCUUCGAGCUGUCCAUGUACGUGGGCUGUGACAAGUUCCCCCAUGAGAGCGAGCUGCCGGAAGAGUGGGAGAACAACCGAGAGUCACUGAUCGUCUUUAUGGAACAGGUCCAUCGCGGUAUCAAAGGUGUGGUGAGGGACUUGCAGGGCAGAGGAAUCGCAAACGCCAUCAUCUCUGUGGAGGGCAUCAACCAUGACAUUCGCACAGCUGCUGAUGGGGAUUACUGGCGUCUGCUGAACCCGGGGGAGUACAGAGUGACCGUGCGGGCUGAAGGCUACGCCAUGUCCAGUAAAGUGUGCGAAGUGGGCUACGCCAUGGGAGCCACCAGGUGCAGCUUCACCCUCACUCGUUCCAACCUGUCCCGCAUCAAAGAAAUCAUGGAGAAGUUUAAUAAGCAGCCCAUCAACCUCCGGCACCCUCCAAGAAGACCUCGACAGAGACGGCUGGGGACAUAGAGAGGUCUUUGGGGGUCUGUAGGGGGAUAAGGAUGUCCACUACCACCAGUGUAAUCCCUGCACUCUCCUCUAACUGUCUGAUGGACAUCCUAGACUGUAAUCCAGACUCAUAUGUAGACUGUUCGGAGGAAACGUGACCAAGAAUGGCUGGGCAGGGGAAAACUACGAAGGGGCCGCUUGGUUUCCAAGGAAACCAAGUUUUCUCCUUUCGACUGUGUGAUGAGCUUCGUUCUCCUGGCGCUUUAUGCUGGGGUUAAAGCUGCUGACCAGCACCGACAGCAGUGGUGCAGUAGAAGAGCUGAAGUUUGGCCCCUUUGAAAAUAUCCAAGUCAUUGUUAUGAAUGAAUAUAACUAAAGACUGCAUGAGUUAUAAAGGAUGUUAUUAGAGAUCUACAAACUGUUGACAAAAUGACUUUGGUGCGUCAGGCUAAGUACAUCUGUUAUUCCACGAGGGAAUAUGACCUCGAACCGUAUUCGCACCUCAGGCUUUAAGCAUGGGCUUUUGCAUUUAUCAGCACUUACUGAGUGUGAAAUAAUAGCUGCUGUCAUGCAGCAGGUAUAUCAGCACAGUUUAUAGAGCUACAGCCCUUAACUGGACGUCUCGUUGCUCUCAUAUAGCCAGAAUUAUAACACGUUGUAUUAAAGGUGGACAUAUUUUUCUCAUCAGUGUAACUCA